AUGUCGCUCUGUUGCAGCACGGGCGUCAUGGAUGGAGCAUACGUGAAGAAGGAACCAAAGGAUGACGGGAGCAUCACAGUCCUCAGCGGCAUACCCAAAAAGGACAAGACUAAGGUCAAAAGUAGGACCGAGAAGGCGAAGCGCAACGAAGGAGCUGCUACCAACACCUCAGGGUCGGACGAUACCAGUGACCCGGACACUCACAUUGCAGGCUCAGAUUCGAACGACGACUCAGCCGACUCGGACGACGAUGACGAAGGAGAUAGCGAUGUCUAUGAGGUCGAGAAGGUUGUGGGCCACCGGUUCGAUCAAAACAACAUGCUGAGCUACCACAUCAAGUGGAAGGGCUACCCGGACGAGGAGAGCAGUUGGGAGCAAGUGGGUUCGGUGUUUUGUCUGGACAUGGUCAAGGACUACUGGAAGUUGUAUUGCGACCAAGGAGGUAGCAAGACGGACCCAGAGGGGAGCAUUAGGAGGCCGACGUCGUCAUCUUUAACGUUGAUCGGGGGACGGAAAACGAGCUCUUCCACGGGCUCAAGUAACACCAAGCCCAGCAACAGCGGCAGUAAAGGAGGCAAGGCGGGCGGUGGAAAGGGAAGCACAGGAGGACAAUCAGGACGAAUCAGCCCAGAGCCUUUACUACCCGAUCUAUCACCCCUGGUGAAAUCAUCUGCUGCAGCCGCAGUAGCAACCGCAACCACGACGGCAACCAUGACGACGACGAGCGCGACAAGUAGUUCAUCUUCCAAGCGAGCAAGGACCACGAGCCCUGAGCGUCAACAGUUAACAUCACAAACUUCGCGGAGGAGCUCUAAUACCCUUGCUGUAACGAAUUCUACAGGUUCCAGCAAAUCUACGACCUUGAGCACGCCGACCAAGUUGGCUCAAGUCGAGCCAGAGACGCGGAGAGGAGCCACCGCCACAACAACAGCAUCAGCAGCAGGAGCAAUAACGACAACAACAGAGCAACAGCAGCAAUCUAAAGACACUUUAUUACCUCGGAGACUGACAGCAGUAGGUCCCGUCCUGAUCACGGAGGAGAACUGGAUCCCACCGAACCAUUGGGAUUCGUGGGAUGGCCUUGUAGAACGUGUGGAGGCGAUAGAGACCCGGAGUGCGGAUAAACUCGACCGGUCGAAGAUGUUUGUUCAUUUGCGCUGGAAGAGCGGCAACCGAAUGACGCUUCACCCUCUACGUGAGAUCCACGACAAGGCCCCUCGGCGACUGAUUGACUUUUACGAACGUCACCUCCAGUUCCAGGAAUCCGACUAG